GCAGCCUUGUGACCUUUUGACAUUGUGCUUAACUUAUGUGAAGAACAACAGCCUUUGCUUGCGUUUGUUCAUUCAACACUCGUUCUUUGCGCAUUCAAUAUCUGGAUGAUAUCCAGCAUUUGGCCCAAACGCAUUCGGGCAAUAUUUAAAUUUUGUAAUACCUCUUCAAACGGAAACACUUAUUCGUUCCCCUUCCAGCGGCUUUUUGCAGGAGUUCAUAGGACUGCAACAUCUACGCAACGCCUGAUCCAGUUCCCAACAGUGCAUCCAGCCCACAAGUCUGCAACUACCCGAUCUUCGUUCCCCGAGUGCGCCAAUCACUUGCGAACCCCACGAUCUUUGCGACGAACCUACCAUUCUACUUCUGCUAUGGCAUCCAAUGGCGAAGCACGCCCCAAACGAAGAACAAGCCCGAUCUCAGCCUUGGAAAGACCAAAGAAACAAUUGAAACAAGAGAAUGGCGUCCCUACACCUGGAGAUGCAACCCCACAGAACGGUUCAGUCUACGACAUCGGAGCAGACUUGAGUUCGUUGCCUGUCAUCAGUACAGCAGCAGCCGCAGGCGACUCGCCCGAAUGGCAGGCUACGAUCGAGAAAGUGAUCAAAAGCGUUGUUUCCAUACACUUCUGUCAAACGUGUUCAUUCGAUACCGACCUGUCGACAUCAAGUCAAGCAACUGGAUUUGUGGUGGAUGCGGAGAAUGGCUACAUCUUGACCAACCGCCAUGUCGUCUGCGCAGGCCCGUUCUGGGGUUAUUGUGUGUUUGACAACCAUGAGGAAUGCGACGUACGGCCUGUCUAUCGCGACCCUGUCCAUGACUUUGGUAUCCUCCAAUUCGAUCCCAAGGCCAUCAAGUAUAUGCAACUCCAGGCACUCAAGCUCCAGCCAGAAUCUGCUAGGGUUGGUGUAGAGAUAAGGGUGGUCGGAAACGAUGCUGGAGAGAAGCUGAGUAUCCUUUCCGGGGUCAUCAGUCGAUUGGACCGCAAUGCUCCCGAAUAUGGCGAAGGAUAUUGUGAUUUCAACACGAAUUACAUCCAGGCGGCUGCGGCCGCAACUGGUGGAAGCUCCGGUAGUCCUGUCGUGAACCUGAAUGGCAAUGCUGUUGCGCUUCAAGCAGGUGGCCGUGUUGAUGGUGCUGCUACCGAUUAUUUUCUCCCACUCGACCGGCCACUGCGAGCCUUGCAAUGUCUACAGCAGGGCUUGCCUGUAAGCCGUGGCACGAUUCAGACUCAAUGGAUGCUGAAGCCAUUUGACGAUUGCAGAAGGCUAGGCUUGACGCCGAACUGGGAGUCUGCAAUGCGAAAACACUUUCCUACUGUGAAUAGCAUGCUUGUCGCCGAGAUCGUUCUGCCUGAAGGCCCUGCCGACAAUAAGAUCCAGGAGGGUGAUAUAUUGAUCAAAGUCAACGGAGAACUGUUGACCUCUUUCGUCAAGCUCGACUCUAUCCUCGACUCGAGCGUAGGUGGCAAGGUCAACAUAUUGCUUCAACGUGGGGGGGAGGAUCACGAGGUCACACUUGAUGUGGGAGACCUACACGCCAUCACUCCAGAUCGAUUUGUCACGGUGGCGGGCGGCAGCUUUCACAAUUUAUCCUAUCAGCAAGCACGGUUGUACGCCAUUGCCUGUAAAGGAGUAUACGUCUGCGAAGCGGCAGGCUCUUUCAAGAUCGACAACGCACUCAAUGGGUGGAUCGUUGAUUCAGUCGACCAGAAGCCUACUCCAGACCUAGAGUCGUUCGUCGAGGCCAUACGAAACGUCCCGGACAAGUCACGAAUUGUCAUCUGCUACAGCCACAUCAGGGACCUUCACACGAGAGCCACGACCAUCGUGCAUAUCGACCGACACUGGCAUCCGAAGAUGCGGUUGUCGGUUCGGAACGACAAAACGGGUUUGUGGGAUUUCAAGGACCUCGGGAAAGCGGUUACUGCGGUGACUCCGGAACCGAAGUCUGGGGAGUUUAUUCAGCUCGAUGACCUGCCCGAGGCGGCUGCCAUUGUGCGCUCAUUUGUUAAAGUCUCUUGUUACAUGCCUGUAAAGAUCGACGGCUUCCCGCAGGCUCGUCGGACAGGGUUUGGACUUGUUAUUGACGCCGAAAAAGGCUUGGUAGUGGUGUCGAGAGCCACUGUGCCCUAUGACCUAUGCGACAUUACUGUGACGGUGGCAGACUCGAUCCAGACGGAGGCGAAGGUCGUCUUCCUGCAUCCGUUGACCAAUUACACAGUCAUACAGUAUGAUCCCAGGCUGGUGCAAGCACCCGUGCAAUCGGCAAAGCUGUCCAACGACAUGAUGAAACAAGGCGCGGACACGAUUUUCAUCGGAUUCAAUCAAAAUCACAGAAUCGUGGUUGCGAAGACCGUGGUGACCGACAUUACGGUUGUGGGCAUUCCUGCAAAUGCUGCUGCUCCGAGAUAUCGAGCAGUAAACCUGGAUGCCAUCACUGUGGACACCGGCUUGUCGUCACAGUGUUCUUCCGGGGUACUCCUCGGAACAGAUGGCGUCGUCCAGGCAUUGUGGUUCACUUAUAUGGGAGAGAGAGCUCAAGGAAGCCAUCGGGAUACUGAGUAUCAUCUUGGUCUGGCCACCAGUAUGAUCAACCCCGUCCUCGAUCAGAUCAAAGCAGGGGCUAUUCCCGAAUUACGGAUCCUUAACAUGGAUUCUUAUGUUUUGCAGAUGGCUCAAUGCCGUAUCAUGGGCGUGUCUGACGAGUGGAUCAAAAGGGUCGCCAAAGCCAAUCCGGCACGGCAUCAGCUUUUUAUCGUCCGGAAGGUGGACUGUGGUCCGGCUAAUGGACCGAGUGACGGACAAUUACUGCAAGAAGGAGAUAUCAUCCUCACACUCAACGAUCAACUGAUCACCAGAGUGUCCGACUUCAACAUUAUGUAUGACAAGGAAUGGCUUGAUGCACUAGUGGUACGCAAAGGAAAGGAGGUGCGCCUGCGAGUGCCGACCGUGCCGACCGAGGAUCUCGAGACGUCUCGGGCUGUGAUAUUCUGCGGUGCUGUUCUCCAGAGGCCUCACCAUGCUGUGCGCCAGCAGAUCAGCAAACUUCACUCCGAGGUCUACGUCAGUGCAAGAAGCCGAGGGUCGCCAGCAUACCAAUAUGGUCUGGCGCCUACCAAUUUCAUUACUCACGUCAAUGGGGUAAAGACGCCGGAUCUCGACGCCUUUGUCCAUGAGGUGAGCAAGAUCGAGGACAACACGUAUUUCAGGCUGCGGGCAAUGACAUUCGACAACGUGCCAUGGGUGGCGACUAUGAAGAAGAAUGAGCACUAUUUCCCAAUGUCUGAAUACGUCAAGGACCCUGAUCAACCGCACGGCUGGAAGGUGAUAUCGUACUCUAAGGGCAAAAAGUCCGGUAGCAAGGACGAUGGUGCACCGAUGACUGCAGAAGCCAUGGAUGAAGGUGCUGAUGGAGCAAGUGAGGGCGAAGAAGCACCGGACGAGCAAUAGUAGAACCUCCGGUGAAGGCACGCAGGUCGAGACAUGCCUGAUAGCAGUCUCCUUCACCUAUGAAGCAUGAUGCUGAGAAAUGCUUUGGGAUGAGAGACUGUGCUGCAUUGUGGGCAACGCCA